AUGGCCACCAAAACUGUAAUAAAUUGCAUGGAACAUUCUAUAACACAACCCAAUCAAGGAAUCUCAAUAAUAAUUGACCAACAUACGGAUGAUCAACAAGUUUACAAUGCAUCCUCAAAUUCUAAUAUUAUAAAAAUACAACAUUCUAAUGAACAAAGUUUGCAACAACAACAACUACCACAACAACACCAACAAUAUUUCACAUUGAAUAAUAGGAAUAAUAAAAAUAACAAAACGUUAAUUGAUAUUAACCGUAACGAUGAUGAUCUUCAUUAUGAUCCUCAUAGAGUUGUGGCAGCUAAAAAUGAGCAUGUUUUACAAAUAAAUUGUUCAUCAUCUACUUCCAAUGAUAUUUCCAGGGAAAUAAAAGAAAAGUUAGAGAAUACACAAACAGAAGCGAUACAACUGGAAUAUAACGGCGUUUUAACAGAGAGGGGAAAUGAUCGUAAUGACGAUCAUCAUAAUGAAGUUCAGUGUAAUGGAGAGAAGAAAUUCAAUUUAGCAAAAAACGACGACGGCCACAUCAAUGAAGAAGCACAAGAAAUUUUAACCAAAUACUCCACUCCACAGAGAGUAGAGGAAGAUGAAGAAGAAAGUGGCCAAACAGCUAGUCAGCAACAAAAAGCACAACAACAGGUUCACCACAAUGGUAAUGGUAACAGUAAACAUAGAGAAAAUGGUCAAAACUCUACAACUAACCAGCUAAAACUUCAACUCACAACUUCUACUACUACGGCUGAUCGUAAUAAUGAUGAAGAGCACAAAGAUGAUAAUGAAAAACAACCAAAUAACGAUGAUCAUGAUCAUGAUGAUGAUGAUCAUACUAAAACUCAAGAUCAUUAUGAAGUGACUAAUAGAGAAGAUGAUAAUGAUGAUGAUGAUGAUAAUAGCAGUAGUAGCAGUGGUGGUAUUGGUAGUGGUUGUGCUAUUAGUAGUAGUGGUGCUGUUGGUCUGGUUCAGAGAGAAGUUGUAGAUUUUAGUCAUGGUAAACGAUCAUUGAAUGAAGAAAACUCUAACAGUCUUUUAACGAAAGCGGAUGCAUCAACUUGUACUAAGUCAACAACUCUGCUGACCAUAAACGCUCACAAAGUGGCAACACAAAAAAACGAUUUGAAUAAUUUUGAAAAUUUGACAAACGAUAAAAAAAUCAAUCACGUGGUCAAAAUACAAAUCAAACCAAAUAAUAAUAAUAAUAAUAGUGAUUGUAAUACAUUGACGGAAAAACAAAUAACGGUAGUGAAAAUAGAAAAUUUACAAGAAUUUGAAAACGAAACAACCAAACUAAACAACAACAACCACAAAGAAAACUUAGCAAGUGAAAAUAUUGAAAACAAAGAAAAUCAAAAAGAAAACACACUUCACUCGCAGUCACAAUUGAACGACGCAACAACAAUGGUGCAAAAACCGUCGAAUAAUAGUGCCGCCACGGUAACGGUGGUUUCGACUAACAGUAACGCUCACGGUAACGGUAACGCGAAUUUAAAUACGGUCUCUCACACUUCCGGUGCGGUAACGGCGGCCUCGGGCACCACGGUCACCGAAUUAAAUGUCUCAAAUCCCAACAAUUAUUUGUACUACAUGAUGUCCAGCGGCCAAUUUUCACCCUGCGAUACCUUGGAUAGUGGUACCGGCAGUGAUUUGGAAAGCAACGGCCAACAACAACAGUCUUCACCCAAUCUACAAAUAAAGAAAUCAUCCAACUCUUCUUCCUCAUCCACCUCAUCAAGCGUUUCCAACAACUCCUUAGCCCCCAUGGAAUUGCAUUUGAAAACCACAAAAAUACGUGUAAACAACUCCUCCAGCAGCAACUCUUUGGAAAUGCAACAACGUCAGUGCUCUUUCACCGACAGCGAAGAAAGUGAGGCCUCCUCUUUAAGUUGUGACUCUUUGCACUCCAAUGAGUUUCUGCGACAAUCUUCCACUUCGCCCAUACAAUUGCAAAAAACCACAACUGCAAAUGGCCAGUCCAAAAAAAUACAAUCCUUCUUACCCGAUUCCCUGCUCAGGGAAAUUAAAAAUCUGAAAUUCUCCACCAAUGACUAUGAGGCCGAGAAUGAAGAGGAGGAUGAUAUUUUACCCACACUCAAGUCGGAAAUUAAAACGGAUGUCUAUGAACCCUUAAGCAAUCAGGACUACAUCAAGUCCCAUGAAUUCAUACAGUCACGCAAAAAUCUCAAUAAUCUACCCACUACCAUGUCGUCCUCAUUGAAGCGGGCCUCUUUACCCUCCAAAACAUUCGUUUUGAAUACAGAGGAUGGCACUUUCAUUGAUACAAAAAUGAAUUCUAUGCCACGCACUUAUGAGGCCGACAAAUACUAUAAUUUCCAUGUCAAUGAACAUGAUAAUUUCCGGAGUUUUGGCAAUAAUGGUUCCAUGACGGCGGCAACGGCUACGAACGGGGGCAAUGGCAUUGGUGAGUCUUUGAGUAUUGCGGAUUAUGAGACAAAGAGUUUGCAUGAUGAUGUGUUUGCUGGCUAUAGAGAUCUGCGCUGUGUUUCGAAUACAUCGACCAUACGCUCGUCCAAGGGCACGGUACGUGGUGUCAAGAAUCGUGUGCGCAAUGGAAUAGCCACAUUCUUGCAAUUGCAGCAACCAAAUAUUAAGAAUUACAAAGAAAAAGACUCAGGCAAAGUUGUGUUGUAUACAACAAGUAUGGGAAUCAUACGUGAUACUUAUGCAAAAUGUUCAAAUGUUAAGCAAAUCUUAAGAACGCUGCUGGUGAAAUUCGAAGAACGUGAUGUCUUUAUGAGCGUGGAAUAUCAACAAGAAAUCAAAGAACGCAUGCAUUCGGAUAUAAUAAAAGUACCUCAAUUAUAUGUAGAAGGCCAGCAUAUUGGUGAUGCCGAUACAGUAGAACGUCUUAAUGAAUCUGGAGAACUGAGACAGUUAUUAAAACCCUACAAGUCAAUAUCAACAACCUACACCUGUCAAACAUGCGGUGGCUAUCGUUUGUUACCAUGUCCCUCAUGUAAUGGCUCCAAGAAAUCCGUACAUCGAAACCAUUUCACAGCCGAAUUUGUGGCACUCAAGUGCAUGAAUUGUGAUGAGGUGGGCUUGGUAAAAUGUCACAACUGUUAGAAGACCGUCUGUACGUCUGUCUGUCCAGCUGUCUGCUGUUGCAAGAGAGAGAGAUGGAUGGAGUGUUUUGGCAACAGUGACCAACUAAACUGCCACAAAACAAUAGCAUUGUUUACAUUACUGUGACAAUGACAAUGAACAAACUAUAAGAUUGACAGUGUUUAAAAGUGGGUGACAUACAAAAUCCGCGUAAAAUUUUAAAUAACUACCCGUAAUGUG